AGGAUGGCUGACAGGCUUCCCACAGAGUUUGAUGUAGUGAUAAUAGGGACAGGAUUACCUGAGUCCAUCCUUGCAGCUGCAUGUUCAAGAAGUGGACAGAGGGUCCUGCAUAUUGACUCAAGAAGUUACUAUGGAGGCAACUGGGCGAGUUUUAGCUUUUCUGGAUUGCUGUCCUGGUUGGAAGAACUUCAACAAAACAGUGAUACUGAGGAAGAAAUGACUGCUGCUUGGCAAAACUUGAUCAAGGAAACAGAGGAAGCCAUCCCUCUUCGAAAGAAGGAUGAAACUAUUCAACAUGCAGAAGUAUUUUGUUAUGCAAGUCAAGAUAAGGAGGACUGUGUUCAAGAGAUUGAUGCCCUGCAGAAAAAUCCUUCUUCAGAGACAUCUAGUACCUCAGUUAAACCUCUAGAUUACACAUACCUACCUGAAGAAAAGCAUUCAUCACCCAUUAGUAGCUACAAAAUACCUGCCAAACACACUCAAAAAAGUGAUGGAGAGAUUUCACUGGAAGUACCUGAUGUAGAGGAGUUGAUGGAGAAAGAAAAGUACUGUGGUGAUGAAGAGAAAAGUGAAAACAAACCUUCAGACAAACCUCAAGACAAUGCUGAUAAACAAAAGAGAAAUAAGAUUACUUACCCUCACAUGGUUAAAGAAGGCAGGAAAUUUAAUAUUGAUUUGGUAUCAAAGCUGCUGUAUUCUCAAGGAUCAUUGAUUGAUCUUCUAAUCAAAUCAAAUGUUAGUCGUUAUGCAGAAUUUAAAAAUGUGACUCGGAUUCUUGCCUUUCGGGAAGGCAAGGUAGAACAGGUGCCUUGCUCCAGAGCAGAUGUCUUUAAUAGCAAAGAACUCACUAUGGUUGAAAAGAGGAUGCUGAUGAAAUUCCUUACAUUUUGUCUAGAGUACGAGCAGCAUCCUGAUGAAUACCAAGAUUUCCAGCAAUGUUUAUUUUCAGAGUACUUAAAAACUAAAAAAUUAACUCCUAACCUUCAGCAUUUUGUACUACACUCAAUUGCGAUGAUAUCAGAAUCUUCUUGCACUACAUUUGAUGGCCUUAAAGCAACAAAAAACUUCCUUCAAUGUCUUGGGCGGUAUGGAAACACUCCCUUUUUAUUUCCUUUGUAUGGCCAAGGAGAAAUACCCCAGUGUUUCUGCAGGAUGUGUGCAGUUUUUGGUGGAAUCUAUUGUCUUCGGCAUAAAAUAAAAUGCCUUGUAGUCGACAAAGGAUCUAGAAGAUGUAAAGCAGUUAUAGAUCACUUUGGUCAGAGGGUAAAUGCUGAGUAUUUUAUUGUGGAGGACAGUUACCUUUCUAGGGAAAUGUGCCCCAAUGUGCAAUACAAGCAGAUAUCAAGGGCAGUGCUCAUUACAGAUCAAUCUAUUCUGCAGACAGAUUCAGAUCAGCAGAUUUCCAUCUUGAUAGUGCCGCCAGAAGAGCCAGGAGCUUGUUCUGUUCGGGUCACGGAAUUGUGUUCAUCCACCAUGACAUGCAUGAAAGAUACCUAUCUAGUACAUCUGACCUCUUCGUCUUUAAAAACGGCAAGGGAAGACCUGGAGCCAGUGGUGAAGAAAUUAUUUUCCUCUUUUGCUGAAACAGAAGCAGAUGAGGAAGGACCCAGAAAACCAAGACUCUUGUGGGCUCUUUAUUUUAAUAUGAGAGAUUCCUCAGGGGUCAGCAGAAGCGCAUAUCAUGGCUUACCUUCCAAUGUUUAUGUCUGCUCUGGGCCUGAUUGUGGUCUGGGGAAUGAGCAUGCAGUCAAGCAAGCAGAAACACUAUUCCAGGAGAUAUUUCCAAGUGAAGAGUUCUGCCCUCCUCCUCCAAAUCCAGAAGACAUUAUCUUUGAUGGUGAUGAUAAGCAAUCAGAUGCUUCAGGAACUGAUAAUAGAGCAAUGGCCAAGGUAGGAGACCUUGAGGAAAGCAAAAGCCUAGAAAACCCAGGACAACACCCUCAAAAUUAGAAAAGUGAAAAUUGGAAAUUUUCUUCAUCUUGGCAUUGAAUAUUCUCACUUGGACAGCUUCCAUAUGAGUAGUUACAGCUAACUAUAUAAGAAAUGCCCUGCAGAUGCCCUUAGCUAUCUUUGAGACAGUGGACACUGUAUGUCUUAAUUAAUUUAUCAGUAACUGGCUUUUGAACUUUGUUUCAGCAUUGGCUCCAUGAUCGAGACUUUUACUAUGGAGUAUAUGUGUAAGAGUUUCAUGUAAACAUUUCAGGUAAAGGGAAGGUAAAAUUGUACCUGCUACCGAAGUUCAGAUUUUAUCUGUAGAACAAUAAAUGUCAAAAGCAUACUUCAUUUACCUUUGCAGCUACAAUUUCUACCACUUGUUUGAAUUGUGAAACACAUACACAAAUAGUAAAUUAUGUAAGCUUUUUAUAUAUAAUACAAAUAAGUAGACUUGGUAGUAAGAAUAGCAACUAAUACAAGUGCCAGUAUGACAAAAUACAGUUGUCUAAUUGUGGAAUGGUUAGCUUUGCAUCAUCCUUUAUUCUUUUUGAAGGUCUGAUGUUACAUUUUGCAAGUGAUAUCAUUCUCUUGACUGAACUAGUGAGGUAGUGCUAUCAAGAUAGCCUUCAUCUUUAUAAAAACAGCAUUAUUUAGAACUGAAGAGCUCAUUUUUGGAAAGAAAAAUUGCAAAGAAAAUCUAUGGGAUAAGAUUAGUUCUUCAGAGUCCUGCCUGACAUCUAAAAAAAGCUUCCAACAGAUAACUGAGGCCAAAAUAGAUUAUUUCAGGGAAGCAUUACAGCAUAGACUUUCAAAACACAAUUACCAAUAAUUUUCUUAGAGUUUGCUAUGUGGAGGAACCAACAUUGGCAUCUUGUCUUACUUUCAUGAUUCCCUAAACCCUUGAUCUUCCACUAUUUAGUGUAAGAUUUAAGAGUGUAGAUUCUGCAAAAGGAGGAAAAAGCAUCGGUGACAAUUAGGAUCUAGAGCUGCUGUGGAAGAUGGGUAGACACAAGGUUUUGCAGCUUUGUGAAUCAGAGAAAUGUGAGAAUAAGAUUAACUGAAACCAAAUACCAUUUUAGGACUGUGCAUCUCUUGAAGCAGAAUUUGGCCAUUUUAGCAAAAUAAUGCUCUUUGUUAACAUCUUAUAAUCUGAAUCAUGUGUCAUAAAAAUUUUAG